UGGCCCCACACUGCUGUGUGCUCUCCAGCACAGAACUACACAAGAAGAAGAAGAGCAUUGACUGGAAACACAAGUCUGGAAACCGUUGUUGAGUAAGAGGAAAAAUAAUGGCAAAGGACAAGGAUCCUUUUAACCAGCUUAAGGAUCUGGUGGAGCUAAAGGACCAGCUAGAAGAUAUCCAAAAAAGAGUAGAAGAUGAGAUACAUGCUGGGAUUCCUCCGGGUGGUAGUCUCCUGGCUUCACCUUUCUUGAAAGGUUUUCUGGCUGGGUACGUCGUUGCUCGGCUGCGCAACUCUGCACUUUUGGGUGUGGCAGUAGGAACGUGUACUGGUGUCUAUGUAGCACAAAAUUAUGCUGUUCCUAAUAUUGAAACUACAAUCAGAGACUACAUACGCAACCUUAGAGGACAAAAGUAGGAACAGAGGAGAAAAAAAGGGAGUUAAAAGUGCACGGGGGGGGGGGGGGGGGGGGAUUAAACAAUUUUAUUCUGAAUAUUUAAAAAUGCUACGGCACAAGUCAAACCAAUAGAACUAUCUUUCAUUGUUUUGCUUAACCAUUGUAGGCUGUAUUUCCAGUCCUGGAAAUUUGGGGCAUAUUUCCAUAAAACAUUUUAUCCAAUUUAUUAGCAGUAUACGUUUAUGAAAUUGGCCCUUUAGUUUUUGCUUGUUGGAAAACCUGGCUUCCCAUCUCAUGGACGUUGUCUUUGUUAAUGUGUCACAGCACAUUUCAAUGUUUUAUUUUUUUUUGGUCCAAAAAAUGUGUACAAGAUGUUUUUGACAGUGUUAAAGGUCUACUCUGUCCUUAAUACUGCAGAUGUUUUGUGUUUCUUAUUAUUUUAAAAUUUCACGCCAAAUAUCCCUGCAACUAUGUUGAAUUUUCAAACUGCACAAUUCCAAAAGUGUCAAAGUUUUUUUUUCUCUCUUUUUUAAAGCUUUAUUGUUCAUUAUAAUUCUCUGAGGAUCCAUGGAUUUCCUAAAACAUAUACUAGUGCCUACUCUGGGUAUAACUGGAUUUUACCCAUAUGACGUGUGCAAUAUUUUUUUUAAAUAUUGUAAAAAGUUUAUCUUUUGCCCUUUUGGACAGCUAAAGAGGGUGAUUUAAAUAUCAUGCAAUCAUUUGUACCUCAAACUUCAAAAGGCCUGUUGGUAAAAUAUGUGACUUCUUUAAGAUUUAGUUUGAAUUCUGUGCCUAGUGGCUGUCUAUUUGUCUAAAAGAGAUGCAGUGAAUUUAAAAAAACUGUUUCUUUAACUAAAUUAAACAAAAUACAUCUAAGAUUGACCACAGACUGAAAUAAAUAUUUUCUCUAAGUGAUCAUUUUAAUCUCAGUAAACAUUUGUGUAUCAUUAAAGUUCAUUAAAAAGCCGUUUUUUUUUUGCUACUGUUUUCCAAAGGUUGCCCCCUGCUGGCCAGCUGAAUGCUGUCCUUUAAGCUUCAAUUUUCAGAUUUUACUCAUCAUAUUCAGAACAUGAAUAUACACUCAUUUUAUUGCACUCACUAAUAAGAUGAUGUUUUGAUUGCUAAACUAUGUACUUUAAGGAUAAAAUGUUUAAGUUACACUAAAGAUUAACCUAUGCUAGUGUUAAAUAAAUAUAGGGUCAAUCUAAGCUCUAUCAAUGUUUAAUUUUUAUCAUACAAUUUUUAGGAUACUAUUGUUUGAAGUAAAAUAAGAAAUAUUCAAAAUAUUCCUAAACAGAAUGCUGAGAUUAUUUUUCAUAGUUGGUAUGUGUUCAUCCUCUUCCCAUGCUUUUUGAACUUGUCUGUUACUAGUAUUUGUUAAAAAAAAAAAAAAGUCAUUAGAAAGUGAGAUGUUUGAGGCUCCUAUGUGCUCUGGAUUAUUGCUUGAAGCUUCCAUAGGGAAAUAACUGUACUGUAUACAUGCUAACUGGAACAGAACAAAGUGCCUUUGGACAAUCAUUGUGUAUUUUUGCAUGCUUUGUUUUUUUCCCAUCCAUUUCAUGUGUGAAAACAUUUUCACUUCUUUUUUAAUCUGUCACUUUCCUUUGACGUGACAGUGCUGUUUUAUUUUUUUCCAUGUAUACCAAUACAGAAAGAUUCAGGUUUGGUUGAAACUUUAACAAUAUAAAGACAAUAAAACAGAAACACUCUGUAACCAUUUUAUUUGGUUUUGUUCAAAUAAAUGGAGAAAAUCCAAUUUUUUUUCAUGUAUCCAGGAAAAAAUGUGUGCAUUUAUUGAAGCUUUUCCAUUUUUAAGACAUGAAAAAAGAAUGAUAAAAUGUUACUUGACAAAACCUGAAUAAAACAUGUUUGCAACCAUAAACGCUUUAAUUUAUUGAUUUUAAGAGGUGAUAAAAGAUGCUGUUUACAAAGACUUAAUAGAUACAUUUCAGAAAGAGAAAUAAGCCAAUAGAGUGAUUAAAAAGGUUUGCCUUUCUUUUGAAGUACAUCAAAAAUGGUUAAAAUAAGGUUGAAAAAGUGUAUAUUGCUGUCAAGGUCCUAAAAACAACAGAAAACAAAAAAUAAAGGAUCAUUUUCAGAUAUCUAUAAUAAAGCAGUUGUAACUAGCAUGACGACAAAUAUCACAUUGAAAAUACAUCGAUGCUGGUUUAAUUCAAGAGAUCAUCACCUCAGUUCUCGACAUCCAUCAUAGCCAAAGGCAUCAUGCUGCC